AUGUUGUAUUAUUAAUUUAAAUUUAGGCUCAUUAUUUAGAAGCAUGAUUUUUUGAGAGUAAAGAUGAAAAGUGAAUAUCAUCAUCUUAGAUAUUUAAUCAUUCAUACAAAUUAUUAUAAAUUUAGCUUAGAAAAUUAUUACUUCACCACUACAUAACAUCUAUAGGGUUGUACAAUACUAUUAACAUUAAUAAAAUUAAUAUUAGUUGUAGAUGUAACAAAAUAUUUUAACGAUUGAAACUAUCACAUCAAGUAAAGAAUAAGAAACUAAAACGAUUGCUGAUUGUGUUAGAAAAUUAAACUAUCUAAUUUUAUAAAGAUACUUAAUCAAUGUCUAGAAUUAGUUUGGAAGUUAAAAUUUAUUUUAUUAGAGAUAGAUUUCUUAUCACAAUCAAUAUUAAAGAAACUCUAGAAAUAAGAUCUUUAUCACAAGAAUUCGAAAAGGAAGUAAGCUAUUUUAGAAAAAGAAAUUCUAAAAUCAAUUGA